CAAACAGUGACCUUGAGGCGGGGAAGAAUUUGCCUUUCAUCUACGGGGACAUCCCAAAAGGCCUGGUUGCUGUACCACUGGAGGACUUUGACCCUUAUUAUAUGACCCAGAAAGUAUACAUUCACUGGUAUUUAUACAUUUGAAUCACUUGUGAAAAUUAUUGCAAGAGGUUUCUGUAUAGAUGGCUUUACUUUCCUACGCGAUCCAUGGAACUGGCUAGAUUUCAGUGUGAUCAUGAUGGCAUAUGUCACAGAGUUUGUGGACCUUGGGAAUGUCUCAGCAUUGAGAACUUUCAGAGUUCUCCGAGCUUUGAAAACUAUCUCUGUUAUUCCAGGCCUGAAGACCAUUGUGGGAGCCCUAAUUCAGUCGGUGAAGAAGCUGUCAGAUGUAAUGAUCUUGACAGUGUUUUGUCUCAGUGUCUUUGCUCUGAUCGGGUUGCAGCUGUUUAUGGGCAAUUUGAGGAACAAGUGUGUGAUAUGGCCAAUUAAUGUGAACGAGACGUUCCUGGACAACGGCUCUAGGGGCUUUGACUGGGAGGAAUACACCAACAAUAUCUCAAAUUUUUACAUAAUUCCUGGGGCCCCUGAUCCCUUGCUCUGUGGUAACAGCUCAGAUGCAGGCCAGUGUCCGGAGGGUUACACGUGCAUGAAAGCAGGCCGGAACCCCAACUAUGGUUACACGAGCUUUGAUACGUUCAGCUGGGCUUUUCUGGCUUUAUUUCGCCUUAUGACUCAGGACUUUUGGGAAAACUUGUAUCAAUUAACCUUACGAGCAGCAGGAAAAACCUACAUGAUCUUCUUUGUCUUGGUGAUCUUUGUGGGCUCGUUCUAUCUGGUUAAUCUAAUUUUGGCUGUGGUGGCUAUGGCUUAUGAAGAGCAGAACCAGGCCACAUUGGAGGAGGCAGAGCAGAAAGAGGCAGAAUUUAAGGCCAUGUUAGAACAAUUGAAAAAGCAGCAGGAGGAAGCACAGGCUGCUGCCAUGGUCACUUCGGCAGGGACGGUCUCUGAAGAUGCUGUGGAAGAUGACGGUGGGGGGAGGGUGUCUCGGAGCUCUUCGGAGAUUUCCAAACUCAGUUCCAAGAGUGCUAAGGAGCGCCGAAAUAGGAGGAAAAAACGAAAGGACAAAGAACUGUCAGAAGGAGAGGAGAAGGGUGACAACGAGAAGGUGUUCAAGUCAGAAUCAGAAGAUGGCAUGAGGAGGAAAGCGUUCAGGCUACCAGACAACAGGCUAGGAAGGAAAUUUUCCAUCAUGAACCAGUCUCUUCUCAGUAUCCCAGGCUCCCCUUUUCUCUCCCGACACAAUAGCAAAAGCAGCAUCUUCAGCUACAAAGGGCGCUUUCGUGACCCGGGCUCAGAGAACGAGUUUGCUGAUGACGAGCACAGCACGGUAGAGGAAAGCGAAGGCAGGCGAGACUCCCUCUUCAUCCCUAUCCGUGGCCGUGACCGAAGAAGCAGCUACAGCGGCUACAGCGGCUACAGCCAAGGCAGCCGGUCCUCGCGCAUUUUCCCCAACCUCCGCCGCAACGUGAAGAGGAACAGCACGGUGGACUGUAACGGCGUGGUGUCCCUCAUUGGUGGCCCGCCUUCCAGCAUGCCUGGCGGACGCCUUCUGCCUGAGGGCACUACUGAAAUCGAAAUUAAGAAGAAGCCUGGUGGCUCUCUGUUGGUCUCAGUGGAUCAGAUGAAUGCGUCCUAUGGAAGGAAGGAUCGAACCAACAGUGUCAUGACGGUUUUGACGAAUACCCUUGUUGAGGAGCUGGAAGAGUCCCAGAGGAAGUGUCCCCCUUGCUGGUACAAAUUUGCCAACACAUUCUUGAUUUGGGAAUGCCACCCUUACUGGAUCAAGCUGAAGGAGAUAGUGAACUUAAUUGUCAUGGAUCCUUUUGUUGACCUGGCCAUCACCAUCUGUAUUGUGCUGAACACUUUAUUCAUGGCAAUGGAGCACCAUCCUAUGACCCCAGAGUUUGAACAUGUGCUCUCCGUCGGAAAUCUGGUUUUCACUGGCAUUUUCACAGCAGAAAUGUUCCUGAAGCUUAUAGCCAUGGAUCCCUACUAUUAUUUCCAAGAAGGCUGGAACAUCUUUGAUGGAUUUAUUGUCUCCCUCAGUUUAAUGGAACUGAGUCUAGCAGAUGUGGAAGGACUUUCAGUGCUGCGAUCUUUCCGAUUGCUGAGAGUCUUCAAACUAGCCAAGUCCUGGCCCACUCUGAACAUGCUGAUAAAAAUCAUCGGUAACUCAGUGGGCGCUUUGGGGAACUUGACCUUGGUGCUAGCCAUCAUCGUGUUCAUCUUUGCUGUGGUGGGCAUGCAGCUCUUCGGCAAAAGCUACAAGGAGUGUGUCUGCAAGAUCAAUCCGGAGUGUGAGCUACCCCGCUGGCACAUGCACGAUUUCUUCCACUCCUUCCUUAUUGUCUUCCGUGUGUUGUGUGGGGAAUGGAUUGAGACCAUGUGGGAUUGUAUGGAAGUGGCAGGACAGGCCAUGUGCUUGAUUGUCUUCAUGAUGGUCAUGGUCAUCGGAAAUUUAGUGGUGCUGAACCUGUUCUUGGCCUUGCUACUGAGCUCCUUCAGCGCUGACAACUUAGCAGCAACAGAUGAUGAUGGGGAGAUGAACAACCUGCAGAUCUCUGUUAUUCGCAUCAAGAAGGGCAUUGCUUGGAUCAAGGCAAAAGUGCGUGAGUUCAUGCAGGCUCAUUUCAAGCAGAGAGAGGCAGACGAGGUCAAACCCUUGGAUGAACUGUACGAUAAGAAGGUGAACUGCAUUGCUAACCAUACAGGGGCUGACAUCAACAGAGACAUCGAUUAUCAGAAGAAUGGCAAUGGCACAACCAGUGGAAUUGGGAGCAGCGUGGAGAAAUACAUAAUAGAUGAAGAUCAUAUGUCCUUCAUCAAUAACCCCAAUCUCACUGUCCGGGUACCUAUUGCUGUAGGUGAAUCAGAUUUUGAAAAUCUCAACACAGAAGAUUUCAGCAGCGACACGGAUCCCGAUGGCAGCAAAGAGAAACUUGAUGAUACCAGCUCCUCUGAAGGUAGCACCAUUGAUAUAAAGCCCGAAGUGGAAGAAGUCCCCGUGGAGGCACCAGAGGAGUAUCUGGACCCAGAUGCUUGCUUCACAGAAGGUUGCAUGCAGCGCUUUAAGUGCUGUCAGGUCAAUAUUGAGGAAGGGCUGGGAAAGUCUUGGUGGACCUUGAGGAAGACUUGCUUUCUCAUUGUGGAACAUAACUGGUUUGAGACUUUCAUCAUCUUUAUGAUCCUACUGAGCAGUGGUGCUUUGGCUUUUGAGGAUAUUUACAUAGAACAGAGAAAAACCAUCCGGACCAUCCUGGAGUAUGCAGACAAGGUCUUCACUUACAUUUUUAUCCUGGAGAUGUUGCUGAAAUGGUGUGCUUAUGGAUUCGUCAAGUUCUUCACCAACGCCUGGUGCUGGCUGGAUUUCCUCAUUGUGGCUGUCUCUUUAGUCAGCCUUAUAGCUAAUGCCCUGGGCUACUCGGAACUAGGUGCCAUAAAGUCCCUUAGGACACUAAGAGCUUUGAGGCCUUUAAGAGCGUUGUCCCGAUUUGAGGGGAUGAGGGUGGUUGUCAACGCCUUGGUUGGCGCUAUCCCUUCCAUUAUGAAUGUGUUGUUGGUCUGCCUUAUCUUCUGGCUGAUUUUCAGCAUUAUGGGGGUUAACCUGUUUGCCGGGAAAUAUCAUUACUGCUUUAAUGAAACAGCUGAGGAGCGCUUUGAAAUAGAUAUUGUUAACAACAAGACCGACUGCGAAGCACUGAUGCCGCCCAACUCCACUGAGAUUCGAUGGAAGAACGUGAAAAUUAAUUUUGACAACGUUGGGGCAGGAUAUCUGGCUCUUCUGCAAGUUGCGACUUUCAAGGGCUGGAUGGACAUCAUGUAUGCGGCGGUAGAUUCCAGAAAGCAAGAAGAGCAACCCAAGUAUGAGGACAACAUUUACAUGUACAUAUAUUUUGUAAUCUUCAUCAUCUUUGGCUCCUUUUUCACCCUGAACUUGUUCAUUGGUGUCAUCAUUGACAACUUCAAUCAACAAAAGAAAAAGUUUGGAGGUCAAGAUAUUUUCAUGACAGAAGAACAAAAGAAGUACUAUAAUGCCAUGAAAAAGCUGGGCUCGAAGAAGCCUCAAAAACCUAUUCCCCGACCUCUGAACCGCAUUCAAGGAGCUGUCUUUGACUUUGUUACUCAGCAAGCAUUUGAUAUAGUCAUCAUGAUGCUCAUCUGCCUCAACAUGGUGACCAUGAUGGUGGAGACAGACACACAAAGCAAGCAGAUGGAGAACAUCCUCUACUGGAUCAACCUGGUGUUUGUCAUCUUCUUCACCUGCGAGUGCGUGCUGAAGAUGUUCGCCUUGCGGCACUAUUAUUUCACCAUUGGGUGGAACAUUUUUGACUUUGUGGUCGUGAUUCUGUCCAUUGUGGGUAUGUUCCUGGCUGAAAUCAUUGAGAAGUAUUUUGUGUCGCCCACUCUCUUCCGAGUCAUCCGACUGGCUCGCAUUGGACGUAUCCUGCGUUUGAUCAAAGGAGCCAAAGGAAUCCGCACCUUGCUUUUUGCCUUAAUGAUGUCUUUGCCUGCCUUGUUCAACAUUGGCCUCUUGCUGUUCUUGGUCAUGUUCAUCUUCUCCAUCUUUGGCAUGUCAAACUUUGCCUACGUCAAGCAUGAGGCUGGCAUAGAUGAUAUGUUCAAUUUUGAGACCUUUGGAAACAGCAUGAUCUGCUUGUUCCAGAUCACCACGUCGGCUGGUUGGGAUGGCCUGCUGCUGCCGAUCCUAAACCGGCCGCCAGACUGCAACCUAGACAAGGAGCACCCUGGGAGUGGUUUUAAGGGUGAUUGUGGGAACCCUUCGGUGGGGAUAUUUUUCUUUGUGAGUUAUAUCAUCAUCUCCUUCCUGAUUGUGGUGAACAUGUACAUUGCCAUCAUCCUGGAGAACUUCAGCGUGGCCACCGAGGAGAGCGCUGAUCCACUCAGCGAGGAUGACUUUGAAACCUUCUAUGAGAUCUGGGAGAAGUUCGACCCCGACGCCACGCAGUUCAUUGAGUACUGCAAGCUAGCAGACUUUGCUGAUGCUUUGGAACAUCCUCUCCGUGUCCCCAAACCUAACACCAUUGAACUCAUUGCCAUGGACUUGCCUAUGGUAAGCGGAGACAGGAUUCACUGUUUAGACAUCCUGUUUGCCUUCACCAAACGUGUCCUGGGGGACAGCGGAGAGCUGGACAUCCUGAGACAACAGAUGGAGGAAAGAUUUGUGGCAUCCAACCCUUCCAAAGUGUCUUAUGAGCCCAUCACGACUACGCUGAGGCGUAAGCAGGAAGAGGUUUCAGCGGUGGUUAUCCAGAGGGCUUACAGGGCUCGUUUAGCAAGGCGGGGUUUUAUUAGUCGAAAGCCUGUCUCCACCAAAUUGGAAAACGGAGGAGCAAACAGGGAGAAAAAAGAAGGCACCCCCUCCACAGCAUCUCUCCCAUCAUAUGACAGUGUUACUAAACCCGAGAAGGAAAAACAGCAACGGGCGGAGGAAGGAAGACGAGAAAGAGUGAAAAGACCAAAAGAUGUCAGGGAAUCCAAGUGUUGAGACAAAAUAAUAAAAUUGUACAAAUUAAAAAAAAUUUGCAAGUGAAAAGAUUGUUUACAAACUUCAUGAAAUAUAUCAAUACAGAACAGCUGUGGAGACACUUACCUGAAGAUCUUAUACCAAACAUAGUCUGCUUACUGUGUGACAGCGUUGCAUCUAAAGCAGUGACCUACCACCUGUUUAAAGGACCCUUGUAAACAAACAUUUAAAAACAAAAAAGGAAAAAAAAAAAGGAUUUUCUAUUGUUUGGGCAGGUGGAUACUGCAUGUUCCACAUCAGUCAAUGCAACUUAGGACAAACAAGCAAAAUAAAACACACACACACAGAAACAAAACCUGCUGCUGGGAUUCAUAUAUUUUUCCAAAGCAGCCAAAAAUGGAUUUUAUUUUCCCAUUUUGUUGAUUAUUGAAAGAAAACCCAGAAGUCACAAUGUUAAAGGGUUUGUUCAUGCAAAACUAGAUUUGCAUUUAGUUAAGCAGCAAAAAAAAGAAAAAAGAAAAAAAAGAAAAAUGUGAAAAUAAGUAAAACAACAAAAAAAAAGAAACAAACCACCCAUUUAGCCCAUGUCAUUUAAUUGUCAUAGUUUAUUUGGUAUUUAUUAUCUGCAUUCUACUUUCUACAUGGGCUUUACUUGGUUUGGGAGAUGGGGUAAUCGGGUACCUUCAGCCUGGAGCCAGCUCGGGCUGAUUCCCCCCAAAAAGUGCUCGUUCAAUGCAUAGAAACGAUUUGCAUGAUGGCAUGCCGUGACCGGGAACCAUGCAUGAGGAACCAUUAAACCACCAGACACUCGAUAAUCUGUCCACAGCAGUGUGUUAAGCCAUAAAUUCGAGGCACUCCACUGACUACCGUCCACUGUAUUUGGAGAUAAACCUUAAGGCUGAUCAUGCCCUUCACCGGUACUUACCCGUUCUUAGCAAUCUUUUGUAGACCCGCCAGUAGGAAAAAAAACAAAGAAAAAAUGAAACAAGCAGAUGAAAUAAUUGUGUGUGUGUAUGUUUAACAACGUGUCUUUCCCCCCACCACCCCCCCGUACAGCCAUCCUUUGCACACUGAACAACACCAAAACGAAACGCUGCUCUGGCCCUCGCCCAAGGGGAGAGGAAAAACUUGAGGAUGGCUCCGUACACUGCGUCACUGUCAACCCAAGUCCAGCAGUAAAUCCAUUUCUGUCCUGUAAUAUUUAUCACUAAUUAUUACUCCGCCACCAUCCUGCAGCCUAGACACUUUAUUAUUGUUGUCAUUUUUUUUUCCCCAAGGAGAUAAGUGCUAAGGGAAGGAGCAUGUUAUCUCUGCAGGGACAAUUUGGGGAUGUCCCUGGGGUGACCCCAGUCGCAGGGCCGGGGACAGGGGCCGCUACGCACUUUUUAUCCGCUCGCACUUUGAGGCCGCAUGGGUUUUUCUUUCCUCCUUGCUUCUGUAGCCACAAAAUUGGUUUUUUUCCUCCUUUUCUCUUUAAAGUGCAGCGCGGCGCCGGGAGCCUUUGCUUUCGUCCCGCGGGCGCUGAGCGGAGCGGCCGCCCGGGGCUCCCGCCGCUGCGACCCUCCCGCGGGAGCACCGCCGUCCGCGCCGCGCUGCUCCGAUCGGGGCGGUUGUGCCCCGAAUUAGGGGUACCCAGGGCGGGGGGGGGACACACACCUACCCAAGACCACCGCUGCUUUAGCCGGCGGAGCAGCUCGGUUUGCACCGUCUCGCAGCCCGCUGCUCCUGGGGAGGGGGUGCAGCAAAGAAGAAAAGCGACAUCCAUAUGUACAGGCUCCAUCGUAAACAGCACAAAACCGGAACAAAAAGAGCUGAGGAGUGUGGUUGAACUUUUUAAGAGAAUAUUAUAAAUACUGUAAUAUAUCAUUUUAUUUUAUCGGCAUGCCUUUUUGUAAAUACAAAGGACUACAAAAAAUAAUAGAAUGGCUUCUGGCUUAUGCCAUUGUCCAUGUUUAUUUUUAUUUUUUUAAAUCUUUUUCCUUUGACUUUAGAUAGCCAGUAAACGUCCCCCCCCAAGGAAAACAAAACCCUACCCCCAAACUCAAUAAUAAUAAUAAGAAAGCUUUACUGCAAAUUAUCUUUGCAACAGCAAAAGUAUAUAUUUUUGGGUUCCAGUGUGCAAUAAGUUGACCACUUCUAUGCAAGAUUUGGCUAAACUUCAUAAUUGUUCUUACGCUGGGCUCUUGGCUCGUACGCGACGCUUGGUACCUUUAGCGCUCAUGCUGGCACUUCCAUUAAGCUGCUCGAUCACUUUAAAAAAGAAAAGUCCCUUCAAACUAUGUAUAUAUAUUUAUUUUUUUAACAUUAGAUCUGUAUUAAACGCGAGAGGCCGGUGGUGGCGUCAAUCGGUAUUGCUGAAAAACAGCAGGAAUGAACAGUUUCUCCAACGUCCCUUGCCCGAGUCGGUCCUUCUGCUCAGAGAAGGGGUCCCGGAUGGUUUCUGUUUCCUUUGUUUUUAACCGCUUAGUUUCCUCCUCGCAGCAGCAGUUUCCAUCGGCCACAGCUCACGGGUGCUGCAGACACCGGACCUGCGGUUCCGUGCAUCUUCACCAGGUGAAGCCAGGACAGGAGGGAAACGGGGGGCGACAAGCGCGGAGGACGUCCGUGUCCCGCCGCGGCACGCGCGCAGACCUCGCGCUCCGCAUCGGGGUUGUGGGAAGGCGGCGAGCGCGGGGUCCGUCGGAGCAGGGAGCCAAAACCUCCAGACCGCGACGUGCGGCCCCCCCCCCCAAAAUAACCUCCCUUUUCUAGUAAUUCGUUACCGCGUUCUUAAAAGAGCAGAGGGGAAAGCAAAAAAAAAAAAAGAGACCUACCAAUCCAAGCCGCUUUGUUCACUUUUCCUGUUCACCUUUUUUUAAAAUAUAGAAGCCAAUGUUGAACAAGAAAAAAAAAAUAAAAUAAAACCGUGAUAUGACAUAGAGGCCACACCCGAGUUUGGAUUAUUUGAUUUUCCGCCGCAAAAAAACCAAAUGUUAAAGCUGUAAAAGAUCAAUAGUGAAGAUUAGUGUAUUAGAAAUUGCAUGGUGGCUCAUAAUGAUCUUACCCAACAUGGUUAAAGAAUUACGUUGCUAUAAGCCAAAAGAAAAUAAAAUAAACGUUACCCUUUUCACUGUACGAGGUAA